AAAACUUUUUUGUAUCGAAGGAAUCAACAGCCGCCAUCUUGUCGUGGCUCGGAAUUAGGAUUUCGGUCCAACACUGGGUUUUACGUAGAAAUCGAGCAUCCUUACCGCGAUAUGACAGCAUCCUUCUGGCGAAAUCGCAAUCUUAACAUCGCCUCGGAGACAUUUUUUGCGAAAAAACGGGAAUUGGAUCGGUGGUCGUCGGGCAGAAACGCUCCGUAUAUCUGAUUUCCCCUUCAGAGUGCGGCGGAUUCAGCCCCUGUCGCCGUUCGGGAGCAGCAUUGUUUACCGUGGGCGAGCGGAGACCAGAUCGUGACUUUCGAGGCGGUUUGCAAAAAUACGGCAUUUUUAUGCAAUUGUGCAUUUUUGUGGAGCUUCGCGCGAUUUUUGCAUGAAGAAAUUUGACGUCACGCAAAAUGGGCACUUUGAACAUUUAGAAAUUACGACUUUUCUCCCGGAAUGCAGCAAUCCGCCUGAUUUGACUGGAUUGUCGUUUUGAAGCUCGAUUUUUACAUGGGGACUAUUUUAUUUUGGGUUAUUUAACGAUAAUAAUGUGGGUGUUGGGUGUUGGAUUAUCAUGGGGUGAAUGGCGGUGGCGAAGCGGGGCGCUGUUGCAUCUCUUUUGAAAGACACCGACUCUCACAGCGCCGAGUAGCUAACGCUAACAGUUAACUUAGCUGGUAGCAGGCAAUUAGCUAGCUAUUAGCCAGUUAGCUGGGGUUAGCAGGCUUGCUAAUGUGCUAGGGGGGAAGGUUUGGGUUGAUAGAACAACUUUCCUGUCACAGGGUCAAUCUUACUUAUCAACUUAAACAAACAGCCGGGCAAGAUACCAACUAUGGCUGAAAACCUACUGGACACCGGACCUCCCAGCUCCAAGCGGCCCAAGCUGAAUUCACCUGCCCUGUCAGCGUCUGAUGGACAAGAUCUGGGGUCACUGUCCUGGGAUGAUUUGGAGAAUGACCUUCCAGAUGAGUUGAUCCCUAACGGAGGCGACCUGGGCCUGAUGAGCGGGAUGCCUUCAAAUGGUGGAGCCGCAUCUGGAGCCGGUGGACCAGGUGGCACGGGCCUCGGUGGUGCUACCGUCAUCCCAGAUGCAGCUGCCAAGCACAAGCAGCUCUCAGAGCUCCUUCGAGCUGGUAGUACCUCCACCAUCGCAGGCACGGGGCUCAACUCGGCAAGUCCUCAACCGGGCAACAUGGGGCAGCAGCUUGGUGCACCACUCGGUAAAAGCCCCCUUGGCCAGGCCUCCCCAAACAACCACCCGUCCCCUCAGGCCCAAAAGGCAGGAACGCCAACUGGAGUACCAGGACAGAACAACAACAAUAGUGCUGCAACUAUGGGCUUGGGCACAACAGGGUUCAGCCAGGCCAUGAUGAACAAUAGCCAGGGCCAUGCUGGGCUCCUGGCCCAGGGAGGACAGCCUCAACCUGGGAAGGUAAUGAACGGCGGUCUGGUACCCGGAGCUGGGAGAGGACGGGGUGCAGCAGUUGCAGGUAUGCAGUACCAGGGAUCUGCAGGAGGGCCGGGAGGAUCAGGGAGCGCACUUGCAGAGACGCUCACACAGGGGGGGCAGCAGAUGGGAGCUCACACCACUCUCAGCGCAGCCCAGCAAGCAGGCAACUUGAACAAGAUGGGCCUGGGCAGUAAUGGGGGUCCGUUUGGGGCUCAAUCCUAUGGUCAGGGUGCCGCGGGACCAGGCCAGCAACUAACCCCCCAGCAGCAGCUCCAGAACAAGGCUGCCCUCGCCAACAGCCUGCCACCCUUCCCCAGUGAGCUCAAAGGGGCUGCUGUCGCUAGUGUGCCAAACAUGCCUCAGCAGCAGACACCGAUGCUCCCGCUGCCCGGCGGUGGAGGCGUGGCAGUGCCUUCAGCAGGCCCCACAGCAGACCCAGAGAAGCGCAAGCUGAUCCAGCAGCAGCUGGUCCUGCUGCUCCACGCGCAUAAGUGCCAGCGACGAGAGCAGGCCAACGGGGAGGUGAGGGCCUGCGCCCUGCCUCACUGCCGCACCAUGAAGAACGUCCUUAAUCACAUGACCCACUGCCAGGCCGGAAAGUCCUGCCAGGUGGCUCAUUGUGCGUCGUCCAGACAGAUCAUCUCCCACUGGAAAAAUUGCACACGCCACGACUGUCCCGUCUGCCUGCCGCUGAAGAAUGCUAGCGACAAGCGCACCCAGCAGCCCAUGCUGAGUUCCCCCAACACGGGCCUCCCAAAUCCCAUGUCCUCAGUUGGUGUGGGCCAACCCAGUGCUCCCACCAUCAAUACCUCAGCCCCUAUAGACCCCAGUUCCAUGCAGAGAGCAUAUGCGGCACUUGGGCUGCCCUACAGCAGUCAGGCGGCUGGGCAGACUCAGGCCCAGCAGCCCCCAGGCCCAGGACAGACGGCAGGUGCACAGAACGCCCAGGCCCAGCAACAGCUCCCGCAGAUGAGGCCCAUGAACGCACUUGGUAACCAGAUGGCUCUUGGAGGUGCCACGAUGGGUGUGACCACUUCAGAACAGACAAACCUGCACACAGACUCCCUUCCCAACACACUCAACACUAACAAUCAGCUGCUGUCAGAUGGGUCAGCUGUGGGAUCAUUGGGUAACCUACCCACAGCAGCACCCAUCUCUGCCACAGGCUCCAGGAAAGCCUGGCACGAGCAUGUCACUCAGGACUUGCGCAAUCACCUCGUACACAAACUAGUACAAGCCAUAUUCCCCACCCCCGACCCGGCAGCUUUGAAGGAUAGAAGAAUGGAGAACCUGGUGGCCUACGCCAGAAAAGUGGAGGGUGACAUGUAUGAGUCGGCCAACAGCCGGGACGAGUACUAUCACUUCUUGGCAGAGAAAAUAUACAAAAUUCAAAAGGAACUGGAGGAGAAGAGGCGCUCGAGGCUACAAAAGCAGAUCAUCAACCAAGCACCUUUGGCUGCACAGGGGACUCAACAACCUGGCCUCCCUCAGCCCAACGCCCUGGGCCCAAGGCCACAGAAUGGACCUGUUCCUCUGCCCAACAUGCCAAAUCAGAUCAUGAAUCGCAUGCAGGUUUCACAAGGAAUCAACCAGUUCACCCACAUGGCUCUACCCAACACCCAGAUGUCUCAGGCACCAAUGGGAGCCCGAGCUGCUUCACCCAUCCACCCACAGCAAAUGAAUAUGAGUUCCGUCCCAGCGAUGGGAAUGUCCCCCUCCAGAAUGCCCCAGGCCCAGGGCAUCAUGCCUGGACACAGCGGUGGCAACAUGGUGGGCCAGACGGCCAACCAGGGACAGUUCCUGUCUCAGACCCAGUUCCCUCCAGGAUCUGCUGCCGUGGCUGCAACUGGUGCUAUGAAUGUCAACGUUGGGCCUGGCAUGGGCCAGUCCCCGGCACAGGCUGCUGUCACCCAGCUCCAGCAGCAGCAGCAGCAGCAGCAGCAGCAGAGCGCUAACCUCCCCAUGAAUGCACUUGGCCCUUCACUGGGCUCUCAGCUAGCCUCCUCCCAAACCCCCUUGCACUCCACGCCUCCGCCUACCGCCUCCUCCGCCUCCACGGCUGGAGGGGCCACUAACCUGCCGCACCCCCAGCCCUCCAGCCGCAGCUCCACCCCCACGCUCCCCGGCCCCGCCCCAGCCCCGGCCCCCCCUGCACAGGGUGCCACCCCGCCCUGCCCCACCCAGCCCCAAGCCCAGACGGAGCUCCCUGCGGCAGCACAGACGCAACCCCCGCCUCAGCCCCCUACCACGCCGCUGUCUCAGCCGGGGGCCAGUCUGGAUAACCGGGUGCCCACGCCGGCCUCGGCCGCCAGCGCCGACCUGCACUCGCAGCAUGUCGGAGCAGACCUGCCUGCCCAGGAGGUUAAAGCAGAGCCGCACCACGAUCAACAGGAGUUUGAGGCCGCUGGCGGCAAAACUGAGCCCAAGAUGGAGACCGACGACGACUCUACUUCGACGUUGGUAAAGAAAGAGGAGCCAGAGGAAAAGCCGGAGCCAAUGGAGGUGGAGGAGAAAAAGCCGGAAAUGAAGACAGAACCCAAAGAAGAGGAAGAGGGCGGCGCUAACAACACAACCUCCUCGUCCCCCUCUCAGUCACGGCGGAAAAUCUUUAAGCCAGAGGAGUUGCGCCAAGCUCUGAUGCCAACCCUGGAGUCUCUUUACAGGCAGGACCCUGAGUCACUGCCCUUCAGACAGCCAGUUGACCCCAUGCUCCUUGGUAUCCCAGACUACUUUGACAUUGUUAAGAACCCAAUAGACCUGUCCACAAUAAAGCGUAAGCUUGACACAGGCCAGUAUCAAGAGCCCUGGCAAUACGUGGACGAUGUCUGGCUGAUGUUCAACAACGCCUGGCUCUAUAACCGCAAGACAUCCCGUGUUUACAAGUACUGCUCCAAGCUGGCUGAAGUGUUUGAGUCGGAGAUCGACCCGGUCAUGCAGGGCCUCGGCUACUGCUGUGGGAGGAAGUUCGAGUUCUCCCCUCAAACCCUCUGUUGCUAUGGCAAGCAGCUCUGCACCAUACCUACUGGAGGCACAUACUACAGUUACCAGAACAGGUAUCACUUCUGUGAAAAAUGCUUCAAUGAGAUCCAGGGGGAGAGUGUGACGUUAGGGGAUGAUCCUGCACAGCCACAGACGAGGAUAUCAAAGGACCAGUUUGAACGAAAGAAGAAUGACGUACUCGACCCUGAACCGUUUGUUGAAUGUAAAGAUUGUGGACGGAAGAUGCACCAGAUAUGCGUCUUACACUACGAGGUCAUUUGGCCAUCUGGAUUCAUCUGUGACAACUGUUUGAAAAAGAGCGGAAAAACACGGAAGGAAAACAAGUUCUCGGCAAAAAGGCUGCAGUCGACAAGAUUGGGAAUGUACAUAGAAGACCGUGUGAAUAAAUACUUGAAGAGACAGAACCACCCAGAGGCCGGAGAAGUGUUUGUGCGAGUGGUUGCAAGCUCUGACAAAACAGUAGAGGUUAAACCGGGCAUGAAAGCCAGGUUUGUGGACACGGGUGAAAUGCCUGAGACCUUUCCCUACAGAACCAAAGCACUUUUUGCAUUUGAGGAAAUUGAUGGCGUGGAUGUUUGCUUCUUUGGCAUGCACGUGCAGGAGUACGGCUCCGAGUGCCCAUUCCCCAACACUAGACGGGUCUACAUAUCGUAUCUAGACAGUAUUCACUUCUUCAGACCUCGGAUUCUACGAACAGCAGUGUACCAUGAGAUCCUCAUUGGCUACCUUGAAUACGUCAAGAAACUUGGGUACGCCCAGGGCCACAUCUGGGCCUGUCCUCCCAGCGAGGGAGACGACUACAUCUUCCACUGCCAUCCUCCAGAUCAGAAGAUCCCUAAGCCUAAAAGACUACAAGAGUGGUACAGGAAGAUGCUGGACAAAGCUUUUGCAGAGAGGAUCCUGCAUGACUACAAAGACAUCUUCAAACAGGCGACUGAGGACCGACUGACCAGCGCAAAUGAGCUGCCGUACUUUGAAGGCGACUUCUGGCCUAAUGUGCUAGAGGAGAGCAUCAAGGAAUUGGAGCAGGAGGAGGAAGAGAGGAAGAAGGAGGAAAACACAGCUGCCUCUGAAACUCCUGAGGGUACGCCGAGUGACAGCAAAAACGCUAAAAAGAAGAACAACAAGAAGACCAAUAAAAACAAGAGCAGCGUGAGCCGAGCCAAUAAGAAGAAGCCUGGGAUGCCGAAUGUAGCAAAUGAUCUGUCCCAGAAAUUAUACGCUACCAUGGAGAAGCACAAAGAGGUGUUCUUUGUGAUCCACCUUCACUCCGGGCCCAUGGUGAACACCCUGCCGCCCAUCGUUGACCCAGACCCCUUACUCUCAUGUGACCUGAUGGAUGGCCGGGACGCCUUCCUGACUCUGGCAAGGGACAAACACUGGGAGUUCAGCUCCCUUAGGAGGUGCAAAUGGAGCACCAUGUGUAUGCUGGUGGAGCUGCACAACCAGGGGCAGGAUCGCUUUGUCUACACUUGCAACGAAUGCAAGCACCAUGUGGAGACACGCUGGCAUUGCACCGUGUGCGAGGACUUUGAUCUCUGCAUCAAUUGCCACAACACGAAAGGCCACGAGCACCCGAUGGUCAAAUGGGGUCUCGGCCUGGAUGAUGACAGCAACAGCCAGAGCGGAGAGGCCUCCAAGAGCCCGCAAGAGAGCCGGCGUUUAAGUAUUCAGCGAUGCAUUCAGUCGCUUGUGCACGCUUGUCAGUGUCGCAAUGCCAACUGCUCUCUACCGUCCUGUCAGAAGAUGAAGAGGGUGGUGCAGCACACCAAGGGCUGCAAGCGCAAAACCAACGGGGGCUGCCCUGUAUGCAAGCAGCUCAUCGCCCUCUGUUGUUAUCACGCAAAGCACUGUCAGGAGAACAAGUGUCCUGUCCCGUUCUGCCUGAACAUCAAGCACAAGCUUCGCCAGCAGCAGCUGCAACACAGGCUGCAGCAGGCCCAGUUGAUGAGGAGAAGGAUGGCCACCAUGCAAGGCAGAACCAUGCCGCUACCGUCCCCACCAGCUUCCGCAGCCCCCAGCACUCCCACGUCUCACACCCAGCCCAGCACUCCCCAAACGCCCCAGCAGCCGCUGUCCAACCAGCCGCAGACCCCCAACUCAGCAGGUGUCAUGUCUCCUUCAUUCCCCAACGCGCCUCGCACUGGUCAGCCUCAAGCACCUGUGCCCCAGGGCAAGCCUGGGCCGCAGGCCUCCCCACUACACCAGCAGCAGUCCCCCCUCCCUCAGCCGCCCCAGCAACCGCAGCAGCUACAGCAGCAGCAGCAGCAGCAGCAGCCCCCGCUUGCUGCAGUCAAGAUGGCACGGCACAUCGAGAUGAUGGCACAGGCCCAACAGAACCAGCAAAACUACCGGGUCAACAUGAACGGCUUACCCAUGAACGCCCAGCAGCCGCAGCAGCGCAUGACAGGACCAAUGCAACCCCCCAUGCAGAUGGUGCCAGGGCCGCGGGGACCGCAGGUUGUGCAACCUGGCAUGGCCCCGGGACAGUGGCCUGGAGCUGCUGGGCCCAUGCAGGCAGCUCAGAGUCAACAACCGGGCCUCGUACCUGGCCAGACUCCGCAGCAGACCAUGACCAUGCAGAGAGCCAUGAUGCCUCCAGGGCAGCAAUCUUCGCCGGGCCAGAGGAUGCUGAUUCCGCAGCAGCCUGGUGUCCGUCCGCAGACACCCCAGAGACCUGGUGCUAUACCCCCAAAUGCUCUGCAGGACCUCCUCCGCACCCUCAAGUCUCCCAGCUCGCCUCAGCAGCAGCAGCAAGUGCUCAACAUCCUCAAAUCGAACCCUCAGUUAAUGGCCGCUUUCAUCAAACAGCGAACGGCCAAGUACCACGCCAACCAGCCGCAGCAACCGCAGCAGCCGCCACAAGCAGGUCAACAGCAGCAGCCUGGAAUGCCACCCAUGCAGACUAUGGCUAUGCCGGGAGGAGCAGUGCAGAGGCCAGGGAUGCCCCCUCAACAGCCUCAGCAGCCUCCUGUGCAGGGCAUGGCUCAAUUAGGGCCUCAGGGGCAGCUGAUAAACGCCGCACACAGCAACAACCCCCAGCUCCAGGAGCUCUACCGUCGGCAGAUCUUAAGGCAGCAGCAACAGCAACAACAGGGAGUAAUGCCUCAAGGCCAUCCUGGCCAGUUUCCCGCUCAGACCCAGGGUACGCCAUCUACUUACUCCCAGAUCCGUAUGCAGCAGCAGCAUGCAGCCGGGGGUCCCAUGGGUCAGCUCCCACCCAUGGCUCAGAUGGCCCAGUCCGGCAUGGGGAUGGACUCCACCCAGAAUUUACUGCAUCAACGAUUGCUCCAGCAGCAGCAGCAACUUCCCCAGCAGCAACUUCCCCAGCAGCAACAGGCCGUCCUCAAGCAGCAGAUGGGCUCCCCCGCGCAGCCGAGCCCCAUGAGCCCCCAGACCCACCUCCUGGCCGGCCAACCACAGGGUGGAGCCCACCUUUCCGGCCAGCCCUCACUAGCCAAUGCCCUCAGCAACCAGGUCCGCUCCCCCGCGCCAGUCCAGUCUCCUUGUCCGCCUUCCCAACAGCAGCCACAAGCACCACAUUCCAGUCCCUCGCCGCAGGUUCAAAACCAGCCCCAACCCUCACCACAGCACCCGCCCCCAUCCCACUCGGGUUCUCCCCACCCAGGACUCGGGGGCCCAAUGCAGUCUUUGGAGCAGGGACACUUGGGGACACCAGAACAAAGCGCCAUGCUACCGCAGCUUAACACGCCCAACAGAGGGCAGAGCAAUGACUUGUUGAUCGCGGGAGAUGCUACAGGGGACACUCUGGAGAAGUUUGUGGAGGGAUUGUAGCAUUUCUGCUGGGAAUUAAAGAACGCAUUGUCACUCCCAGGGACCCAUCCUCCCACUCCUCCCUGUUUCCCCUCAGACUCUUUAUCCUGUUAGAGGGCUUUGUUUGUUCUUUCUAAAGCUGAGAACGUUUUUUUGUAUUGACAUGUAAAAAGUUUCAACUAUUGCAAAAAACAAAAAAGAAAAUUUGGUUGGGGAAAAAAAUAAAUUAAUAAAAUGUCAACACUUCUAGGGAAUGUAAUUGUUUCCUAAACCCAAGUUGUGGGUGUUUCUUCCUUAAGGGAUUUGCAAGUUGCUUCUUAAAUGAAAUUUGAAUCACAAAGAAUAUAUUUUUUGGUUGAGACCAAAUGUGCUCAGUACUCAAUUUAUUUUUGGUUUGUUUUGGUAUGGUUUCAUGCCUUUCUCAUUUCUUUUUUUUUUAAAAGAAAAUGUACAAUUGCAUUAUAUUAUUCAUAUCUUUUUAUUUUGUACCUUUGGAAAAAAAUUAAAGCAUUUUUCUGUUGAGAACUGUAAAAUAUUUUGUCUGGGAAUUGGGCCAGGUUUUCGUUUUCUCAAGCUGUCAUUCCUGGCGAUUUAAUCUAGUGUUGUACCAUUACUGCAAGACGAUGCGAUGCGUUCAGGGACUGAGACCGCUCCCUUCCCUUUUGUGUGUAUGAAGAGCACUCAGUUGUAUUACAGUAGGAAAUGGCCUGCACAUGAAGACACUGACACAAAUCCUCACAGUCACAAAGAGAAACACCGCUCCCAACGAAGAUGACAAGGACUGCAACCUACAUCUCAGUGGCCUGGGAUUUGGAAUAUCUGUCUAGCAGGUGUAGAAAGUUGUUGCUUUGACAUUAAAAAGAAUUUGUCAUACUUUUUUUGUCAUACAAAAUGUUGUAAAGUGUAAAGAGAGUGUGAGAAAGAGACCAGCCCCCUAAGCUGAGGUGGAAUGAUCACCGGUUGUAUGUAGGCAACAUCUCAGAUGGCGCCCGGUCCUCUAAAUGUUACACCGAGUUGUGUGCUAUUUAGGGACGAAAGGCACAUUUGAGAUUCACCUUGAGGAUAACUAAUUGUCAGCAACCCUCAUUCCUCUCUCACAAAAACUUGAAUUGGGGGGAUUUACUUUUUCUCCUAUUGUAAAUCAAGUUAUUAAGCAAAAUACUAUAAAUAUAAGGAAGAGAGAAUGAAAUCACUGUAUAAACUGGUAAAAGACUCAUUUCUUACUUAUAUACCAUAUUGUUAAAUAAACUGUGUGCAACAGAAGAACUCCAGUACUCUGUUGACUAAAUAAUGAGGUA